AUGAGUUCAUACUUUUCGAUUGGUCGUCUACCGGGUUUUCACGGUAACAGUGUCUACUUCCCUGCUGAUGAGACCAUCCUGGAGGAGAGCGAAGUGUCGUCGGAGAUGGAUCAUGGGAAGCGUUCUGAGAUGCAAAAAACUCAUAAACAAAUGAGCAAGUUUCUGAGCAGAGGAGCAGCAGGGGAUAUACCGAAUGCACUACCAAGACUCGGAGGAUUGGAGUAUGUGAACCCGAGAGGUUCAUCACCGCUAGGUGCUGGUUUUCAGAAUUUCAUGCAAACUAAUGCUCACACGCCAUUCAGUGGUGGACCGGCGGCAAAUGCCUAUGGAGCGUAUUCAUCGGUUGAGCAUGAAAACGUUUUCAAUCGUGACAGUGAUGCAUUUCAUUCGAAUAAGACGACGACCGUUUUCAAUCGCGCCAAUGAUGCAUUACAUUCGAAUAAGACGACGACCGUCAAUCAAUCACGAGAGGGGCCUGUUAGCGGCUUUUCUAGUUGGAGUGAGUCAAAAUGGAGUAUGCCAACGAAAAUUUUCAGCGACUCUUACUAUGCACUUGGCACACUUAACGCAGUCGACGUUGCGGAUGUAGAACGUGGACAUGCGAAACAUCAAGAAGAGAUGAUGAGCUUGCAGAAAGAUGCUGAUUCCCUCAGAAUGCUUGAGGAAGAAGAAUCGCUCACUACUGCAGUGAAUAAAUUAUCCACCGCACAAGAUAUCGACAAUUCACUGACAACAGCAACUCAUCAGGGCACAACUCCUCAAAAACACGUUCAGAUUGCCGCAGCUGAUGCCAUCGGUCAUGACGAGGGUCGUGCCAUGAGCGAUAGCAUUUAUAUCAGUCUACCAAAUAUGCACAACGCAUACACAAGAAACUACCCUCAGCAACCCGUCUAUCAACCGAUAAUUCAACGUGAAACUGCAGAACAGAACGUGACAAACUCGAACGAAACUGAAGGGAGUGAGCCCGUGAAGUCUGUCGCCAUGAACGCUCCAAUUGAUCAAGUAUCGGAGAUAAAAACGGCAAUUGAGGACCAACCGCCGAAAGUUUUUGAAGAUUCGUUUUAUGCAUUCGACACUGAAUCUGGGGACGAUAAAUCAGACACGGGAAGUGAAAAUCCAGAGUUAGUAGAUGCCCAAGUGGAUGAUGAUAAUGAAGACAACCCCUCAGCAACCACCACAGAUUCAGUUAAACCGACUGAUCAAGUGAUCGGUUUACCGAAAGCCAAAAUCACUUGCAUACCAUCGGACUAUAAUCUAGAAGAGUUACGCGGUUUAGAGUCUUUUGGCUCGCGUUAA